AUGUCGUCUGAAAAUUCCUUAGGGAAGCAUUCAAACGAUGAUAAUGAAAAAUCCAUAAACCCUCAACAUCAAAGUACAAAAGUUACGGAAGAUGGCUCAUCAUCUAAUAGUUCCAUCAAUGAAUAUCAAGGGUUUAAUGCUGAUACUGCUAAAAAUGUUCAAGAAUUAGCCAGAACUUUAACCCAUGAUUCAAUCGUGUCAAAUACUGGAGGUGAUGAAGACUUUCAAUUAAAUGAUGAUAAAUCUUCAUUUGCCUUGAUUAAAUAUUUAUCUCAUAUGUCCCAAAUCCCUGGUGUAUCUCCUUAUCAUGCUGAUGAAAUCAAUGAAAAAUUAGAUCCAGAUUCAGAGACAUUCGAUGCUAAAUAUUGGGUUAAGAAUUUACGUAAAUUAUUCGAUUCAGAUCCUGAAUAUUAUAAACCAUCGAAAUUAGGUAUCGCUUAUCGUGACUUAAGAGCUUACGGUGUGGCUGUCGAUUCUGAUUACCAACCAACUGUCACUAAUGCUCUUUGGAAAACAACCGUUGAAGCUCUUAGAUCAACUAGAAAAAUGGAUGAAUCUCGUUAUUUUAAUAUUUUAAAAUCAAUGGAUGGUAUUAUGAAACCAGGUGAAGUCACAGUUGUAUUAGGUCGUCCUGGUUCUGGUUGUUCUACUUUGUUAAAAACCAUUGCUUGUAAUACUUAUGGAUUCCAAAUUGGUGAAGAAUCAAGAAUCACAUACGAUGGAUUAACUCCAGAAGAUAUUCAAAAACAUCACCGUGGUGAUGUUGUAUACUCCGCAGAAACCGAUGUUCAUUUCCCUCAUUUAACUGUUGGUGAUACUUUAGAAUUCGCAUCCCGAUUGAGAACUCCACAAAAUAGAGGAAUGGGUGUUGACAGAGAAACAUAUGCUAAACACAUGGCUAGUGUGUAUAUGGCCACCUAUGGUUUAUCACACACUAGAAACACCAAUGUUGGUAAUGAUUUCGUUAGAGGUGUAUCUGGUGGUGAAAGAAAGAGAGUUUCAAUUGCUGAAGUGUCUCUUUGUGGUGCCAAUUUACAAUGUUGGGAUAAUGCUACUAGAGGGUUGGAUGCCGCUACUGCAUUAGAAUUCAUCAGAGCUUUAAAGACAUCAGCUACUAUUUUAGAAGCCACCCCAUUAAUUGCUAUUUAUCAAUGUUCACAAGAUGCAUAUGAUUUAUUUGAUAACGUUGUUGUUCUUUAUGAAGGAUAUCAAAUCUUCUUUGGUAAAGGUGAUAAGGCCAGAGAAUAUUUCGUUAACAUGGGAUAUGAAUGUCCACAAAGACAAACUACUGCUGAUUUCUUAACCUCAUUAACCAAUCCUGCUGAAAGAAUCCCUAGACCAGGAUUUGAACACAAGGUACCCAACUCAGCUGCUGAAUUUGAAGCUUACUGGAGGAAUUCACCAGAAUAUAGAGAAUUGGUGGCUGAAAUCGAUCAACACUUCAUUGAUGUUGAAGCCAACAAUACCAAAAAAGCUUAUGAAGAUUCCCAUAUUGCUCGUCAAUCCAAGCACAUCUCACCUAAAUCACCAUAUACCGUUUCAUUUUUUAUGCAAGUUAGAUAUUUAAUGGGACGUAAUAUUCUUCGAUUGAAAGGGGAUCCUUCUAUUUCUUUAUUCUCCAUCUUUGGUAAUUUUACUAUGGGUUUAAUAUUGUCAUCUGUGUUUUAUAAUUUACAACAGACUACUUCUUCUUUUUACUAUCGUGGUGCUGCCAUGUUCUUUGCCGUGUUAUUCAAUGCUUUUGCCUCCCUUUUAGAAAUCAUGUUGUUAUUCGAAUCCAGACCAAUUGUUGAAAAACAUAAGAAAUAUGCUCUUUAUAGACCUUCAGCAGAUGCGCUAGCGGGUAUUAUUACUGAUUUACCUACCAAAUUAUGUGUUUCUAUUUCUUUCAAUGUUACUUUCUAUUUCAUGGUUCAUUUCAGACGUGAACCAGGUCGUGCCAUGACUCCAGCUACCGUUAUGUUGUUAGCUAUGGUUAUUUAUACUGGUUUUGUUAUCCCAACUCCAAAGAUGUUAGGAUGGUCAAGAUGGAUCAAUUAUAUUAAUCCGGUUGGAUAUGUUUUCGAAUCAUUAAUGGUAAAUGAAUUCCAUGAUCGUGAAUUCAAUUGUUCCACCAAUGUUCCUACAGGCCCUAGUUAUACAAACUUAUCUCCUGGUACAUACGUGUGUAAUACUGUUGGUUCUGUUGCAGGAUCUCCAGUUGUUCAAGGUACUACUUACUUAGCCAAGAGUUAUGAAUACUAUAAUUCUCAUAAAUGGAGAAACUGGGGUAUUGCCGUUGCCUAUGUUAUUGUCUUUUUAGGCGUUUAUAUUGGAUUAACUGAAUUUAAUAAAGGUGCCAUGCAAAAGGGUGAAAUUGUUUUAUUUCUUAGAGGUUCCUUAAAGAAGCAUAAGCAACAAAGACAACUUCAAAAAGAUAUCGAAAAUAAUAAUUCUGAAAAAGUUCCACUUAAAGAUCAAAUUGAAUCUGCCAAACCAGAAAACAAGGUCAAUGACAAUAGUUUACCAUCCUCAGAAGAUAUUUUCCACUGGAGAGAUUUAACUUAUCAAGUUAAGAUCAAGAAAGAAGAUAGAGUUAUUUUGAAUCAAGUUGAUGGAUGGGUCAAGCCAGGACAAAUCACUGCUUUGAUGGGUGCAUCCGGUGCCGGUAAGACCACAUUAUUGAAUUGUUUAUCAGAAAGAGUUACUACUGGUGUUAUCACCGACGGUGUUAGAAUGGUCAAUGGACACUCAUUAGAUAGUUCAUUCCAAAGAUCUAUUGGUUAUGUCCAACAACAAGAUUUACAUUUAGCUACUUCCACAGUCAGAGAAGCAUUUAGAUUUUCUGCUUACUUGAGACAACCAGCUUCUGUUCCAACUUCCGAAAAGAAUGAUUAUGUUGAAUACAUUAUUGAUUUAUUAGAAAUGACUGAUUAUGCCGAUGCUAUUGUUGGUGUUGCCGGUGAAGGAUUGAAUGUUGAACAAAGAAAGAGAUUGACUAUUGGUGUUGAAUUAGUUUCCAAACCUAAAUUAUUAUUAUUCUUAGAUGAACCAACUUCUGGUUUAGAUUCACAAACUGCUUGGUCUAUUUGUAAGUUGAUGAGAAAGUUAGCCGAUCAUGGACAAGCUAUUUUAUGUACUAUCCAUCAGCCAUCAGCUUUAUUAUUGAAAGAAUUUGAUAGAUUAUUAUUCUUACAAAAAGGUGGUAGAACUGUUUAUUUCGGAGAUUUAGGUGAUGAAUGUAGCACAUUGAUCAAAUAUUUUGAAAAGUAUGGAGCUGAUCCUUGUCCAGCCGAAGCAAAUCCAGCGGAAUGGAUGUUGCAAGUUGUUGGAGCUGCUCCAGGUUCCCAUGCUAAACAAGAUUAUUUUGAAGUUUGGAGAAAUUCAGAUGAAUAUCAUGCUAUUCAAUCUGAAUUAGACACUAUGGAAACUGAAUUAGUACACUUACCAAGAGACACUUCCACUGAUGCUCAUUUGAAAUAUGCCGCUCCAAUCUGGAGACAGUAUUUAAUUGUUUCAUGGAGAGUCAUUCAAGAAAAGUGGAGAUCACCCAGUUAUAUUUAUUCUAAAUUAUUCUUAGUUGUUUCAUCUGCUUUAUUCAACGGGUUUUCAUUUUUCAAAGCUACUAACUCGAUGCAAGGUAUGCAAAAUCAAAUGUUUGCUAUUUUUAUGUACUUCAUUGUCUUUAACACCUUGGUUCAACAGAUGGCUCCAUAUUUCAUUACUCAAAGAGAUCUUUAUGAAGUCAGAGAAGCACCAUCCAGAACCUAUUCAUGGUUUGCAUUCAUCACUGGACAAAUCACAUCUGAAAUCCCAUUCCAAAUUGCUUGUGGUACCAUUUCCUUUUUCUGUUGGUAUUAUCCUGUUGGAUUAUAUAGAAAUGCUGAACCAACCAAUGAAGUCCACUCUCGUGGUGUUUUGAUGUGGAUGUUCUUAACCUCAUUCUUCGUCUAUACCUCAACUAUGGGUCAAUUAUGUUUAUCUUUUAACGAAUUAGCCGAUAACGCAGCCAACUUGGCUACCUUAUUAUUUACCAUGUGUUUGAAUUUCUGUGGUGUUUUAGCUGGUCCAGAAGUGUUACCUGGAUUCUGGAUUUUCAUGUAUAGAGCCAAUCCUUUCACCUAUUUGAUUCAAGGUCUUUUAUCCACUGGUUUAGCCAAUACCAAUGUUGUUUGUGCUGCAGAAGAAUUAGUUGUCUUCAAUCCUCCAAGUGGCGAUACAUGUGGAACUUAUAUGGCACCAUAUAUAAGUCUUGCAGGUGGUUAUUUGACUGAUAGUAAUGCCACUUCAGGAUGUCAAUUCUGUCAAAUGGGUUCCACUAAUGCCUUUUUAGCUAGUGUCAAUUCCUACUUUUCAGAAAGAUGGAGAAACUUUGGUAUUUUCUUGGCAUUUAUUGUUAUCAACAUUAUUUUAACUAUUAUCUUUUAUUGGGCUGCUAGAGUUCCAAAAGGUAAUAGAGAAAAGAAGAAGGCUAAGAAGGAUUAG